AUGGACCCCCCGAGCCGGCGCCUCUUCAUCGCCUCCAUCGGCAACAUAAAACCCUACCGAAACACCCGCCACAGCGCCGGCCACCUCCUCCUCGAUGCGAUAGCCCCCCAACUGCCCGCGCGACUCAGCGCAGCAGCAAAACCCUUCUACCAAACCUGGUACAGCCCCACGUACAUGAACACAUCCGGCCCGAAGCUCGUGCGCCAGCUGCAGAAUUUUACGCAGCAGGGAAAUGCAAAUGCACACGCGACCACAUUAGUGAUCCUGCACGACGAGCUGGAGUCCCCUCUGGGGAAAGUACGUGUGAAACGCGGCGGGCCGGAGGUUGCGAGUCUCCGUGGUCACCGGGGGCUGAUUAGCGUGUUUGAGAGUCUGCGCGGGAAGGGAUUGUAUCCUGCGCGUGCGCAGAAUGGCGGGUUGUCGGUUUUGAGGGUUGGGGUGGGGAUUGGACGGCCCGAGACGAGAGAGAAGGGUGCUGUUGCGGAUUAUGUCUUGACGGCGAUGGGUCCGACGGAGUUGGCGGCGGUGCAUCGUGCUGCGGGGCCGGUGAUUGAGCUCAUUGCGGAGGAGAUGUAUAGGGAUGCCGGGGAGCCAACAUGA